AUGGAUCCCGCCCUCGUUUGUAAGCUCUUCUUUGUCCUCUCGACCACCGUUCUCCUGGGCGGGGUGUUGGUCCCUUCCAUGAGGGAAAGCAUCAUGAACUACGGAUCUCGACUCAGUAAUACGAACCCUAAAACGAAAGAUAGCAAGCAGAAGGGGGUUGUCACUAGUCUCAUGGACUUUGUUGCAUCCUUAAAAGUCCCGCAUCCGUGGUUCACCCAUUUCUACGUGGUUUCCGUUGCAUCUUCUAUCUUCUGGGCCUUCCAGAUUACCACACGUGGAUUCGCUUUUCAAUACUUGGCUUCCCAUUCCCAUGAUGGAUAUGGCGGGAUGUCCGUAAAUCAGGCAUUCUUAGCUUGGUUAUUCAUGGCGAUACAAGGAAUUAGACGGGCCUACGAAUCUUUCACCCUCACGAAGCCUUCUCAGUCGAAAAUGUGGGUUGGAUUGUGGAUUUUGGGAAUUGCCUACUACAUUUUCAUGGGCGUUUCAGUAUGGAUUGAAGGCAUCGGUGCAUUGAAUGAGAGCAGACCUCUCAUAGAAAUGUUGGAAUUCUCAAGGCCAUCGAUCAAAACGCUCAUUGCAAGUCACUUGUUCGUACUUGGCUCAGCUGCACAACAUAUUUGCCAUAAACACCUCGCCAGUCUCAAAAAAUACACCCUUCCCAAUCACCCCUUCUUCCGAUUCUUAAUAUGCCCGCAUUAUACAAGCGAAUGCUUGAUAUACGUCGCCAUAGCCAUUGUAGCCACACCAGAGGGCCAGAUCAUGAACAGAACCAUGUUGGCUGGAAGUGGUAUGCGGAGAAAUUCGGGGCUGAAAGAAUUAAGGGUCGCUGGACUAUGA